AUAUUUAAUAAUGAUUUAGUUUAUGCUUAUAAGUCGGGAUAUUCAUGUUUAACAGCCAUAAGAAAUAUAUCCGAAAACAUCUAUAGAUCCUUGAUUCAUAAUGAAUUAUGUGGUUUGAUAUUUAUUGACUUUAAAAAAGCUUUUGAUUUAGUGAACCAUUCUUUGUUAUUGGACAAA